GAGCGCUCGCUGAGAGUGGAGAGUGCUGCGAGCUGUGUGCGCGCCGCGCGUGUUUUACUCUCUCUCUCUCUCUCUUUCUCUCUCGCGCGCGCGCGCGUUCGUUCUCCUCGGGAGUCCACGUCAAGUGCCCCACGGCCCGCGCCGCGUCGCCGUCGCCGUUGCGACCGUCCGAAAUUCGCGAACGCAAUAAUUUUCCCCGGAAAAUUGCACAACCACAGGACUACUCUUUGGAGUUCGCGCUUCUCUCCGCGUGCUUCGAUAAUCGCACGUUUCAUCGUCGUCGUCGUCGGACUUGUUCAGUGCGAGCUCUGACCGUCAAGUUGUGGACACACGAGCCUUUCCGAGUAUCGAGACGUGAUCUUGAAAUAAUCGCGGCGGAGUGGUGCUCGAUGCACUCGAGAGUUCAUGCUUCCAGUGCCGUUCUCGGGUUUUCUAAACAUUUACCGGCGGCUCACUUCGACGUGUACCACGACGGUAUACCGAGCCACGAUUGGCGGGUCUUAAUCGAUUUUUGAUUGCUGAAAUUCUAACUGCUCCAACCGUAAUUGCGUGCAAGAGUGUGUAUAACCGUUGAGAUUAUCAGCGCAGCGUCGGCCGCUGCGGGACGAGCGAGCGAGCGAGCGAGCGAGCGAGGGAACCCAGGCUCGUUCGGAAGCAUCACCCUUUGCUUUGCGAAAGGUGUGAAAAAGGAGGAGGAUCCCGCCGUAAUUCCGAAUCGAGCUAUCGAGUUCGAUGUCCUGCACGAGGGCCGGAGAGGAGGGACGCGAGUAUUUAGAAGAAACCGAGAAGAGGAAGCGCCGCGAACUUUCUUCCACGUUUUUUUUGUGCGCGAUAAAGAGAAGCUGGAGUGUACAGUUAAUUAGUGCGUAAAGCUAAGUGAGGCAUUGACAGUCUCGGUGAGAAAAAGAAAGAGAGAGUUGACAGUUGUGGAUCAGCUGGAGAUCCUCGGCGCUUCCGCUUGUGGAAAAAUAAAUAUAUAAGUUGGUAACCAUUCGUUCGGAAGUGAUAUAAGUGAAGGGAACUUUGACUAAAUAUACACAAUUGUUGAAUUAAUUGGGGAACAAUUGAGCACAAAGAUUUUUCCUGAGACAAAAGUCGUCCGGAGGAGGCUCGGACUUCUGUCACCUGAAGAGAAAAAAGGACGAGAGGAAAACAAACAAAACUUGCAUCACGUGGGAGACUCGUUGUCUUCAGAAUACUGAGAAAUUGUGAUAAGAUAGCGGCGGUCGUUCAACGCUAAUAAACGCGCUCGACGAGAAGGCGGCAUUGUGAUUUCUGACCGAGGUGGCCAAUCGCUCGCGCGCGGCUGUCGGUCCCUGAGAAAGGAGCUCGAUCGCGCUCGAUUCGGGCGCUUCGAACGUGCAGAAUCGCAAGAAGAGUGUGUUGCGCAAGAUCGGCGUGUCGUCGCCGCGACUGGAAAAGGGGGCUGUGUGUUACUCAACGCGCCGGCUUUAUCGCGCCGCCAAGGAUCCCCGCGCGAGGAAGAGUCCGCCGCUCGGCGUGCCAGGCGACCUCGUAAUCGGCGGUUACGUUCGUUCCACCGGGUAGAAAACGAACAUCAGCGCGGGACCAGCGUCGGUUGCCUCUGCUCUCAUCGGCCAUCGCCACCGUCUUCUGCGAGUCGCCGGGAAUUAGCGGGGAAGGUUCUAAUUAACGCUGCCAUUAAUAGCUCUCCGUAUCUAAGCGGACGACUUCGGCCGAUGAUUAAUAGAUAAUCGCCGAUUAAAUACUUCAAGGCGAGGAACGAGAGCGAGAGGAGAGCUCUCGUUGCUUCUCUUCGAAACAAUAUCUUUGUGCUUUCACACCGCACUGUAAUUGAAUAUAUCUCUUUCUAUUGGUUCUAUAUAAUCCUUCUCAAUCGCUGGAGUAAGAUCCGCCUGUUUUCUGUGCAAUCUCUCUCUUUCUCUCUUGCGCGGAAACGAAAGAGAAUUUAAUGAAGUGCAUCAGAGAUUGAUUAGCGGUCGUUAAUUACAUCGCCGCGGAAUUGAGCAGUGAUGACUCGAGCAGAUGAUUGACCGUUCGUUACAGUAAUUAAUUCCGUUGAGUGUGCUGGCGAUUGUCGCGUGUGCUCGAGAAGGACAGCGGCGCUCUUUUGCGCGCGCGAGUGGGUGUCAGUGUCCUGCCGAGGACCGGGGAUGCGAGUAAAGUGCAAAGUGAUGUAACUGGUGCAUUCACUGCGGAGGCAAUGUGUGAUGCUCAGCGAUCAGCCCGAAUGACACUUGGCCCACGCAGCUGAUGACAAACGUAAACAGGAUCAAGGUGGUCGUCCUCGGCGGCCCCAGAGUCGGCAAAUCAGCCGUGGUUGUGCGGUACUUGACGAGGCGAUACAUCGGCGAGUACAGCUCGACCAGUGAUUUUCUCUACCGACACAGCGUCACUAUUGAUAACGUCACGACGGAGGUCGAGAUACUUGACACGUCCAGGUGCGAGGAGAAUGGCUGCCUGUACUCGCAUAUACGAUGGGGCGAGGCCUUCGUCGUGGUCUACAGCGUGACAUGUAAGCGGAGCUUUCAGGAAGCCCGUGGACUUCUCAAGCAACUCGCGGAUCUACGCCUGCCGUCCUAUUUCACCGCCCUCCUGCUCGGCAACAAGAGAGAUUUGGAUCAUGCACGAGAGGUCUGCGUGGACGAAGGCCAACAGCUGUCGCUGGCGCACGGAUGUCAGUUUUACGAGGUGAGCGCCGCGGAGAGUCCCGCGGGGGCGGCGUUAGCUUUUCAGGCGCUCCUGCGGGAGGCGAGGUCGGUCCAGCUUCUGCGAGCGUUGCCGAUCCGCAGGAAGCUGGGCGUACACUCGGUCUCGAGGGUCCUCGGGACGAUCUUCGGCAAAAACACCACCAAGGACCGUAAGAAAAGGCCGUCGUUGAGCAUAUGACGCCUUCUAUGCGCCCUCCUCCUCGGAGGACGAGAUGAGCCAGGCAGGAGAACUGACAUCGUCGUCCUCAGCAGCAACGUCUAUUCCAAUCGCUGACGAAGUUUUCAGUAAGGACAUGCAGAAUCUCCCUUGUGCCUUUCUGACGAAAGGCAGUCAUUAUCAGGAUCCGGAAGACCGUUUUUGGAAGUGUCCUUUGACGGCGAGAAAGCGAUCCUUUUCUUCAAGCGUCUUGAAGAAAGAUGCGUUUGCUAAUGGCAAUCAAACUCCCGAAGUCCUGGAUUCGGGGGUUUCCUAAUAAAACUCCGAGGACGCAAGACUGAUUUUCUGGUUUCGAGGACAUGCAGGGUACGAUGCACUCUGACUCAAAGUGUCUACGGCUCUUUUCAACAUCCGGUAGUAGCCGAGAGAUCCAGACUCCAAGAAGAUUUCAGUCAUGGAGGGCGGCAUUCAUUUUUGGAAAAAAGAAACUGUUUCGUGUGCCGAAGAAGGACGUUUGGUGUUCGCGUGUGAUUCUGCUUUCAGUGGCGUGAGAGAAGCGAGUCGACGUAGAACUGAGAGAUUGUUUCGCGGUACGCAAAGGUACUUUUCUUUUUAAUAUUGCGAUAAUAUUUUACAGUGAUUACAAGUGACUGGCAAGUUGUUCCUGAACGACGUAGUCCUUAGAUCGAUUUAUCGAAAAUGAUCUUAUGAUUGCGAAUCGCGCAAUCGGUUCCGCGAGUGCAAAUUUUAUAAUUUGGGAUACAUAAAAUACUUGCACAUUACUCGGUAUUUAAGUUAUUACGUUACUAACCCUAAACAGUGUAUAAAGUUCUCGUUUCAUUAAUUUUUUUAGUGAUACUUAUAAACAUCUAAACUCUUCGAAAGAUAUUUAUACACGAUUGUUUAACUCACGCUUCUAUAUAUUUUUCAGCUAUCCUUUUGUUGAUCAUGAUUUUGAAACUAAAUAUUUUUUUUCAUAACAAUGAAAUAUUUUAUACUGUUUAGGGUUUGUUAUUUUUUUUUUCUUUCAAUGCUCCCGUACGAAACCCGUGAGUCUUUCAAAUUUCGAUAUUUCCACCAAGUGGAAGAAGAGAUCGCGAUUCGAUUCGAUUUUCUGCCUAUCGCCUUAAUUGUAUCUGGAAGGUGUUCGCAGAGGUGCUCUCGUUGAGAGCGAUUUUUAGCACCUUCAUCGCCAGGCGUGAUUGAUUCGAUGACUUUAAUGUUCCUAAAGAAAGUAGCCUAAGUGUAAAUAGCGCACACGUUCACUUAUACUCUGCUGAGAGUCUCGGAGACUUGAGUAAUCAUUAAGAUUUGCAUACGAGAGAGAAGAAAUAAUGAGCGCGGGUGUUGAAACAAUUCUACAAUUAAAGAUUAUUUGAUUUGUUUAUUUGAUCUAAUAAUUAAUCGAGAAUAUUUACGAUCGUAACAAACGAAUACGAAAUAAUACAGAUUUGAAUCUCAACUAAAAAUAAAGUUUAGGUUUUUUUUUUUGAUCGUAUAAUUUGCAUUUGGUUUCUCGCAGACCGGAAUAAACGAAUAAGGAAUAGCCUUAAUAAAGCUGUUAGUGGGUUAAAAAAAUAUUAACGAUCGUUUGUGAAUGGAUGCCGUGUUACGUCCGUCAGCGAUGACAGAUCGAUUAUCAUCUGCUCUAUCAUAGAAAGUGCUGGCUCUUUGCCUUUUUUUUGCCGAGCUCUUCAAUCGCGCGCAAUGUUUUUGUAAAUCGUCCUUCUUUUUCUACGACAAGCAUAGAGAGUAGAGACUACGAUCGACUUUUGAGGUUCGUAGUUCCGUAAACACUUUCAGAGUGCCUUCCGGACGAUGUCCGUUAUACUUUUUUUUGCCAGCAGCUGAUGUGCUUCUUGAUGCGACGUGUUAAACGAAGAAAAAGAAGCAACUCUAUUUACAUUACGUUUAAGAAAAUGAAUAGGUAACGAGCGGUAAAUUGCGUGAUCCCCUCUUUAGCGCGUCAGUUUCUAGCAGAAAAAAAAGAGACCGUGAAACACGGGCUUUUAAACCUGGCUUCGUCGAACGGGGAAUCGCUCGGCGCGAAGCCAGUGUCUCUCUUUUUUUCACGAUAUACAUUCCACUUGAAAUUAGCGUCCCUCUGAAAUGUAUUAUGCGUGUGUAUGCGUGUGAGUGAGAGAGUGCGUAAUUCGAUUCCAGGCAGAUGUCGAUCGCUGUAUUCGAAGUGCUAGUCACUUGUUAUCGAGAGAGGAUAAUAAUAAAGGAGCGUCUUUUGUUAAA